AUGGGAGAUAUCUUUUUAAAUUUAUCACAUUUAUUAUUAUCAAAUAUUGUUAAAUACAUAGAGCGAGAUAAUGAUAGAAUCAUAUUUAAUGAUUCUCUUGAUACUAUUGAGAUACCAGAUGAAAAGAAACAAAUAAUAUUUGGAAAUAGACUAUCACAACUUCAUAUUUUGACAAAACCAUUUAGCGACCGACUUGCUUGCUCAAAUGUCGAUACUCUAAGUAUCUCUGAUCGCUUGGAGAUACGAUUCGAUCAGUUCCCAAGCACUAUCAAAUCGUUGUCACUGAGUCAGCAUAGUUGUUCUAAAGAUUUCAAAUGGUUACCGGAAUCACUGGAGAAACUGUGUUUCUAUAAUCAAUUCCACCAACAGAUCAUUACGCAAUUCCAAUCUACGAUCAGACAUCUCGAGUUCAGUGAGAACUAUAAUAGUCCUAUUGCUAUCAGACUGCUGCCUCCCCAACUAGAGGUGCUCAUCUGUAGGAAUGCAUAUCUUCCUAAGUUUGACGGUAGCGAUCAACUUCCAUCGACUCUAACAAAGUUGGAUAUCAACACCGAUUGUGUUCGUCUACUGUCGAAUUGCAAUCUGCCUGCGCUCAGCCAUUUGAUUCUCAAUAUGUAUCGAGAGUACCAGUUGAAACAAGGUGAUAUUCCAAUGGCUGCCACCAAACUAUCGUUGAUACAAAUGGAUUGUCAGCUUCACCCAGAAGUACUUACAUCACAACUACGCCAUAUUGAGUUUCACUACGGUAGCUUUAAGCUAGAUAGAAAUGUAUUCUCUCACCUCGAUCGUUUAGAGACGUUGUUAUUCUCUGGCGCUUGUACGAAUUCGUUGAUACUUGGCAAACUACCUGCCAGCCUCAAAGUCUUAGAACUACCGAGUUUCACUUACAAGUUUGUUAUCUCGGAAAUCUGUGAGAUUCCUGGCCGUCUUGAUAAGCUAACCAUUACAUUCAAUUCACUCACAACCUUGCUGUCAAAGCAAUCAUUACCUAAAUCAUUGGUACAUCUACAUAUCUAUCAAGGUUUGGAACCGGUGGUUGUUGAGUCACUUCCCGACGAUCUGGAAUCAAUGGAAAUCACUGGAUCCAACUUUAUUUUCGAAUCCUCUAGCUAUCCAUCCUCACUGAGAUCUUUAACUGCCAACAAAAGCUUCUUUGAAAACAAUUCAAUCAUCGAUCUACCAACUACAAUCGUUCAAGUUACAAUAAGUACAAUAACCAACUAUGCUGGAGCUUCAGAUGAAAAAUUUUGA